UACCGUUCAGAAUUUGAAUUAUAUCGAUUUUGCUAUGACGAGCGUCGAAAAACCGUUAUUCAUACCGAACAUAAAAUAUUAUCUCCUGCUUUACUGUCCAAUCGAAAAUUGAAACGAGAACAAGAAAAAACAUACGAUUUGAUGAUCGACAAUGGUAACUAUUUCGGAUUAGAUGAGGAAGCCCUUAAAAGCAAAUACGAGUAUGUAAAGCUGGAAACCAAAAUGGAACAGAAGAGCAGCUCAUCCAAUCAGAUUCAAGAUUUAAAUCAUUCGAAUAAUAAUGUUCAAAUAUUUUCAAAUAAUCAAUAUCAAAAACUUGUACCUCCUGGUGACUUUGCAUUUGCCUUAUGGAAGAAACCCGCAUACCACUACGUUAAUUUAAAACUAAUGAGAAAAGACUUGAUGAAACUUUGGGAUCAUAUCAAUAAACGUAUAAGAAAUGAUGCUAUUAAGCGUAAUAGAGAGUACUACAUUCACACAGGAGCAUACGAGAAGACCACAGAUCAGAUAGGGAAUCACAGAAACACCAAGAACAAGAAAUCUCAAGAAAAUACAGAUUACUGGUUGAAAAUCAUUUACUACUUUCGUGGCCGACUCAAAGGACAAAAUGAGCCGAUUAAAAAUACAGCAGUGGCUAUUGUAAUGAAUAAUAAUUUUGAUAACAAUUCAUCAACGGAUUCUUGGUUCGAUGAAAAAUGUGAGAAAAAUCUAUGCGAAAAUGCAUUUGUCGAGCAAUUUCAACAAAUUGGAAAAUCUGUUCGUUGUUGUUCCCUAAUUAAUACCCAAACAUUUAAUGAAACUGAUCUUAAGAUCGAUGAAGACUUGGAAGUGGAUUUUUUGUAUGAAGAUUACAACGCUUGAUAACUAUUUUAUUGAAAAAUGUUUUAUUCAUUAAAAAAAAAAUCCAUAAAUUUUCAGUUUUGUUUGUAAUGGAAAAAGUCAUGAAUUCUUCAAUUUUACAAUCUACUAUUUUUUGAGCCUCCAGCAUGAAGCCUCAUAUUUAUGGGGUAGGAGUAUGUUCAACUUGAAGUAACCCUCCAUAAUCUUUCAUCUCUCAAUUGUUCAUAAAAAUUGAUUAUUGCUUCAAUUUUACAUAGGUAGGUAGGUAGGUACUACGUAGGUACCUAUUUUGGAAACAUUCAUGUCUGCACUGUAUUUUUA